AUGAACCAACUAAUAAGACACUUCCAACAAAAGAAUUUCGAACUUUGGCAAGCUAGAAUGCAGAAUGAAACGGAUAUGGCAGUUCAAGGAAUCAUUCGCGAAGAUCCAGAUCUUAAUAGAAACUAUCCGGUUCGCUUCCAACCUAAUUUUCAGUCCUCCGAGAGAUAUCAAAUCGUUCAAAACCUUACACCAAUAAAAAUUCAGAAGCCUAUCCAGAUUCAGAAGAAACAUAUAGAGAAUCAAGAAAGAACGAAAAAUUAUUCUGAUUUGAGAGCCAAAGCACUGUUGUUUCGAGUAAAUGCACAUGAGAACUGGUUAUUCUUUGAAGAGAGAAGAAUCAGACAAGAAGAACGAAGAGCUUUACUCAGAAGACAAGAAAAUCAAAGGAAUGAAUUCGUAAGAAAUGGAAACAAAGAAACUGACGAAUCGGAAUGGCAAGCUUAUUGUCGGAAGAUGCGAAACGACUUGAGAAAUGAACAGGAGAAUGGAAUCAUUGAAAAAUAUGGAUAUCCGUCCAGUUGUUUAUCGCUCAACAAGUAUAUGAAUUCGUCACGUCUUCCAGACUCCAGAGAGAAAUCUGCAUUAUACAAUGGCGAUUCUGGAAUCGAUUCUAACCUUUCCAGUUCAUCGAUUGGAACUUUGAACUCGGAAAAAGAAAAUCUCCGAUUCGAGGAUAUUAUUCUAUCAAGUUCUGACGAUGAGGACGUCCAGAAACCUUGCAUCCCGUUUUCAUCAAACUAA